AUGUUGAGCGCACCCGAAAAACCUGAGGAAAAUGUCAUACCCACGGACCAAGUGGAGAAGCCAGAGGAAUCUGUGAAACAACCAAACCAAGGAGUAGAAACAAAAGACAAAAGUUACACACCACCACCGCCAUAUAAGCCACCAAUUCCAUAUCCGCAAAGACUUAAGAAAACCAAGAUGGAAAUCCAAUACCAAAAAUUCAUCAAGGUGAUAGAAAAACUUCACGUAGAAAUCCCUUUUACAAAAGCCAUCACCCAAAUACCAUCAUACGCUAAAUUCUUAAAAGACAUCUUGUCUAACAAACGUAAACUAGACGGUCCUAAACCCUUAGAAUGCCAUUCCAUCUCUGAGAAUAAACUUGCCAAGAAAGAUAAAGACCCUGGAAGUUUUUCCAUUCCCUGCAUCCUAGGAAAUCAUAUGAUCAAUAAAGCUUUCUUAGACCUAGGAGCGAGCGUGAGCUUAAUGCCUUUGGCAGUUUGUAAGAGGUUAAACUUAGGAGAACUUCAACCGACUAAAAUGUCUUUACAAUUAGUUGAUAGAUCCGUCAAAUACCCUAUGGACAUAUUAGAAGAUAAAUAA